AUGUCGAGUUUGGGUAUCUUGAGGCUCUUGGCGCAACGCCGCGUUGCCCACGGUCACGGUCAUGGCAGCUAUGGAAGAUAUCUUUCUCUUUCCAAGCAUCCCAAAUAUACUACCAGUACUACUACUAGUAGUGUAUCUUAUGGCCUAAGAAGCUUUUCGUCCAAGACUGAGGAAGACAAGAAGAUGACUGCUGAGCCCACCCGGAAUGCUACCCCUAUACCCCCGGAUAGAUAUACCCAACCCACAGCCGAUACCAGUAGCUUCAUGGCUGGUUUUGGUAACAGUCUACAGAAUUUCUCCCUGUUCAACUUUCAGUUUCCAUUGCGAGAACCAGAAGAAGGAAGUGGAUUUGACAACUUUUUGAAGCGCAAUAAGCUAGGAGGUUCUGAUGCUAGCAAUACCAAUAACAAUAAGAAGAAGGGUGAAAGUGAAGGUGAAAGUGAUGGCAAAAAAGAUAAAGACCAAGACAAAAACUACAAGAGUUCAGGUGGAGGGGGGAAUGACAACAAGAACAACAAUAACAACAAUGAUGAUGGUGACAAUGGCAAUCUGGUCAUUAUCACUACCAUGAUGUUGGUGGUGGCAGCCAUCAUGUCUUCAUCUUCCGGAAGAGACCAAUCCAGCAGAGACAACAACAGCAAUAACAGCAGCAAUCAGCAUUCGUACAGUACCAAUUCUACGGCAGACAGUCCUUCUGCUUCUACCAGUGGUGGUAUGAGUGCUGCCGCAGGAAGAGUCUUUGGAAACAACAACAGCAACAACAAACACAUUGCCAAUCAUUUGGAUCUCACAUGGGGAGAAUUCCUCAAACUCCUCGAACACGAUGCCGUUUUCAAGAUUGUCAUUCAUCAGGGACAAGCUGGAAAUGACGAUCAUCAUGCCAGUACACGGGCACGAGUCUACAUGAAACCCGGCGUCAAUCUAGAUUCGGUCCUCCUCUCUGGAACAACCGCCGACGUGAUGCCCGAUGACAAUGAAUGGUCUACUGGAGGUGACACUAACAACACUACUACUAGCAAUAAUAAUCCGGAAUGGUCGUCCACGAAUGGCUUAACGACAACAACCGCAUCCAACAACCACAACAAUACACCCCUCAUUUAUCGAAACUUGCGCAUUGGAUCGGCACAAUCGUUGGAGCGCAAGUUAGAAGAAGCCCAACGAGCACUGGGACGAAGUCCCCAACAAGAUAUCCCCGUCCAAUAUCAAGUGGACAGUAGUGUCGCUACGGAAUUAUUGGGAUUGUUGCCAUGGAUUUUAUUGAGUGGAUUCCUCGUGGCAUCGUUUCGAGGUGCCGCCGGACGCAUGGGUGGUGUCGGUGCUACUGGCUCGUCGGGCAGCGGCGGCAUGUUUGGCAUGGGCAAGAGUACGGCACAAAAAUUCACCAAGGAAAUGAAUAUCAAUAUUGGAUUUGCCGAUGUCGCCGGAUGUGACGAAGCCAAACGAGAAAUCAAAGAGUUUGUCGAAUUCUUGCAAACGCCCGAUCGAUUCACACAGUUGGGAGCCAAAAUACCAAAGGGCGCUCUCUUGGCGGGGCCACCUGGAACGGGAAAGACCCUGUUGGCCAAGGCGGUGGCUGGAGAAUCUGGAGUUCCCUUUUACUCAUUGGCGGGAAGUGAAUUCUUGGAAAUGUUUGUGGGUGUUGGACCCUCCCGUGUCCGUGAUUUGUUUCGAGAGGCACGAGAGAAUGCCCCCUGCAUCAUUUUCAUUGAUGAGAUUGACUCGAUUGGAAGAAAGAGGGGCAAAUCUUCUGCCAUGGGAGGAAACGAUGAACGCGAAAAUACUCUCAAUCAGCUCUUGGUGGAAAUGGAUGGGUUUGAUCCUAGCGCGGGGGUAGUGUGCCUUGCCGGUACAAACAGAGAUGAUAUUCUGGAUCCAGCAUUGACUCGGCCUGGACGAUUUGAUCGAAAGAUCCAAGUGGAUCUGCCCGAUAUUCAAGGUCGCAAGGAAAUCUUUCAGGUGCAUUUGAAAAAGAUUACACUUGUGGAAGGAAUGGGACCAGUCAUCAGUCCAGAUGCCAAAAGUGACGACAACAGUGAUAACGACAAGGAAGAACCAGAAAUGACACCAGAACAACGACAAGCCAUUGAUAACGUGGCCUCACGAUUGGCUGGACUGACGCCAGGUUUUUCUGGAGCUGAUAUUGCCAACAUUUGUAAUGAAGCGGCCAUUGUCGCGGCCCGUCGCAAUGCCGACUCUGUCAUUAUGGACGACUUUGAAAAAGCCACGGAUCGUGUCAUUGGUGGAUUGGAAUCCAACCGAAUCAUGUCCAAAGAAGAACGUAGCAUUGUGGCCUACCAUGAAGCUGGUCACGCGGUGGCCGGCUGGUUCUUGGAACAUGCGGAUCCACUCUUGAAGGUCACCAUCAUUCCCCGGGCCAGUGGAGCUCUUGGUUUUGCUCAGUACUUGCCCAAGGAAGUAAACUUGCGAACCCAAGAUCAAAUCAUGGACAUUGUAGCCAUGGCAUUGGCAGGGCGUGCCGCCGAAGAGGUAUUCUUUGGCAGUGUCACCACGGGAGCAUCGGAUGAUUUGCGCCGUGUCACACAAAUGGUCUACAGCACCAUUCAGUUGUACGGUAUGAACGAUCGGUUAGGUCAACUGGCAUUCCCCAAGGAUCCAACCGCCAUGUGGGAAGAACGUCGGUAUUCGGAAAAGACGGCCAAGGCCAUGGACGAAGAAGCCAAACACAUUGUGGACCAGGCAUACGAGCGAACCUUGGCCCUCAUGAGAGAGCGCAAGGAUGAAGUAGACAAGGUUGCCAAGUUGUUGCUGGAGAAAGAGACCGUCAAUCAUGAUGAGAUUUAUGAUUUGAUUGGAGCACGACCGUUUGGAGGCGACAAGAACUAUGAAGAGUAUGUCUCGCGACGUCAGGCCGAGAGGAAGCAAAAGGCCGGCGACGCAGCUGAGGGUGAAGCUACCGACGAUGCCAAUGCCCCGAACCUGAACCCUUCGUUUUAA